AAAUCAGGACAAUGCACGAGUCUUGUCACCUGUGGCGCGCCAGUUGUCACGACGUUGAGCAGCAGCAGCACCUUAUAGUACUACUCUCCGAGUUCAAUUAUGAAGGCUUUCCGGUUUGUUGUGAUUCUUUUGGUGUGCUUCUCGGCACUUUUAAACGCGACGGUAAAUGCUAAGCCAACGCCUGAUGACGGAAGUUAUACAGGAUCAGCAAGCCUUGAUGUUGAACCUUCACCUUUAAUCGACGAAGUGAACGAUUAUUAUUCUUCAUUGCCCGAAUUGACCCGCUCACGAAGAAACCGCGGACACGGCCAUCACCACGCCGGAUUCGUCGCCGGAGCAGCCACCGGAGCUGUGAUCGCGAAUCAUAACGAACCGAACUAUUAUGCGCCAACCUAUUACUAUCCGACAACUUAUUAUCCAUCGAAUAGUUAUUAUGACGGGUAUUAUUACUACUAAUUAGCCACUACUAAAUAUGCUGACAAUCACUUUGUUAUUUACAAUUCUUAUUUAAUCUAGCUUGUGUUUGAGUUGUCAAAUGUCUUAUAUAGAACGAUAUCUUUUCGAACUCAUUAAUACACAUCAAUACAGCCUAAAAA